AUGGGUUCUUCCAGUAUGAAAAGUUUAGCAAGAUCAUACUUUUGGUGGCCAGGAAUGGACAAAGAAAUCGAAAAUAUCACACAAAGUUGCGACAAUUGUAUUAAUGUCAGGCAAAAUCCGCCAAAAUCUGUAACAUCACCUUGGGAAUGGCCAGAAAACCCGUGGACUAGAGUGCAUUGCGAUUUUCUUGGACCAUUUCAAAAUAAAUAUUUUUUUGUCAUUGUUGACACAACCACAAAAUGGUUAGAAGUAUUUCAAAUAAAUUCUAUGACAGCAGAAAUUGUUAUUCAAAAAUUUUCAGAGACAAUUGGAAUUUGGAAUUCCAAAAACAAUUACAUCAGAUGGUGCAAAAUGUUUCACUGGUUUUGA